AUGCAUCCAGACUUCAGCGCUGAGUUCGACUCGUCGUCCAGCUGUAGCACAGCAUCGCCUGGCGGGGACACCCCUGGGUGCAGCCAGCAUCCUCCUGACUCGCUUUCAUCAUCAGUGGACAGCACCAAGGAUGUUGAGACCAGUGCAGCAGACUCCUUUGUUCCGACUGUGACUGCAAUCUCAAGCUCGCCGGAUUUAAGGUGGAUGGUGCAGCCGGCAGUCAUCACAUCUGUCUCUCCGUCGUCCAGCCGUGCAAAGCCCAAAACUCAUGGUGCGACUCAGUCGUCUUCCCCGGCAGGUGCAAACAAGGCGAAGCCCUCCAACAGGAAAGGGCAGAAAGCGCAGCCUUCCAAAGAGGAGGAGGAAAGGAGGAGGAUCAGGAGGGAGAGGAACAAAAUUGCUGCUGCAAAGUGUCGUAACAGGCGGAGGGAGCUGAUAGACACUCUGCAAGCUGAGACUGACAUGCUUGAAGAGGAGAAGUCCGCUCUCCAGACAGAGAUCGCUGACCUGCUGAAGGAGAAGGAGAGGCUGGAGCAGGUCUUAGCCUUCCACAAACCCUCCUGCAAACUCUCUGCAGAUGAUUGUGAUGAUGAUCAGGAUGAUGAGGAUAAUGAAGAUGAUGUUAACACAAUGCUGCAGGAUCCUCCGGCUUCCCCACAGCUGCUGUCCAUCUUAGAGAAUGGAAAAGCCGCAGAGGGCAACACAACAAUGGGAGAAGCCACCAUUGGUCAAGACAUGGACAGUAUCCCUUGUAUCCCUGCUGCGGCCAUUCUGGGGAACUCCAACAUCCUGCUGUGUUCCAGCGCAGAAGAAGAGGCUCUGGAGGACUUAAAAGGAGAUGACCUGGACGACCUGGUGCCAAGCCUGGAUAUGGCAGUGACGCCUGAGACGGGGACGAGGAUAAUAGGGCCUCCAGCCGUGCUGCUGGCUAUUGGUAAGUGGCUGAAUUCCUCAGCAUUGCUAAUUGCUCUCAGGAAUGACUCAGGAAAUGGACACAUUUGGCUGAGCUGA